AUGACGCUCCGUCGAACUGAAGGGCCGCUAGAGCCCGAGACAUGGAGACGCGCGCUUUGUUGCAGACGAGGAGGCGCGUCCGCGAGACGCUGCUGGGCGCCGCCUCCCCCUCCCCCCCCCCCCCGCCCCUCCCCCUCUGACCCCGCCCCCUCCCGCGCCCCGCCGGCGCCCGCCGCGGACAUCUCGCACCUCGUGCGCAGGAAGCGCAAGGCGAGCGGCGAGGCGCCCCCCGCCGCCGCCGGCGCCAAGCGGCCGCACUCG